AUGGAGGCAGCGGCGUCGACGGCUUGCCGCGUCGCGUCCUCUUGCGGGCGGGUGGAGAGCAAGGGCCAGGCCUGCGGAGCCGCCGAGGCCCUGUGCAGCCGGUGCGGAAGAAGGUCGUCCGGAGCUCCGGGUCACCACCAUGAACUUCAAUGUGGACAUGCUUUCUGUGAACUGUGCUUGUUAAUAACUGAAGAAUACAGCACAAUUACAUGCCCCGAUUGUGAGGUUGCUUCAACUAUAAAAACAAAACAAGAAUACUGCCCAAUAGAUGGAUGUAUUAAAGAAGAUUCUUCUAUGGAAAAACGUCAGCCUAAAAAGAUGAAGAGUUGUUCUCAGGACUUUAAAAAGACUGCUGAUCUACUAACUGUUGGUUUAGAACAUUCAACCUCCACACACGGGACUGUUUUGAACCCAUCAACUGUAAUAGAGGAGACUGAAACUAUGGAAGAAAUUGAUGAAGCAUUGAAGGUGGCAGGCCAGAAUUUUGAACAAUUAAGUAUUGCUGUAAAAAUGCUCGAACACAUAUACAGUCAAACAAAAGAGGAGACAGUCAGUCUUAUAGAGGUUCUGGAGAAACAGUUUGAUCAGCUUUUCACUUCUCUUGAUUCCAGGAAAAAGAACCUGUGUGAAGAGGUAGUAAGAAAUACGGAUGACUACUUAUCAAAUAUAAUAACGGCUAAAAGAUACAUUGAAGUGAAAAAAAAUGAUUUGGAUGCAGCUAUGAAGAUAGCAAGAGAAUUAAAAUCCACACCUUCUCUAAGAAUAUUCUGUGACCUGAAUCAGAUUAUCUGGACUUUGAAAUUAACAUUUGAGAGCGAAUUGUCACAAGUCACCUCUCUAAAACUAAGGAACUCUCCCAAGUUGAAUAUGAAUUGCAGUGAGAUCAUCUGUAUGUUCAACAAUAUGGGAAAGAUUGAAUUUGAGGAUUCAGCAAAAUUUGAUCCUCAAGAAAGUGAAGUGGGACGGAAUGUUCAAAAGAAAUAUAAUCAUAAAAAGGAAUUUUCUUGUAGUGGUGCAUACCCAUCACUAGAAAAGAAAAAGGUUGACAUUUCUAUCCUGACUAGUGAAGCCCCCCCACCAACUCCUUUGCAACGGGAAAGCGGUGAUAUGCAUUUAGAAGCAAAACACUUCCCACCACAGCACGAGGUUGUUGCAAUAACCCCCUGUGAAACCAUUGCUGCUCUGCCUCAGGCGGGACCGAGCCCUGAUGUGAUCAUCGAAGAAGUCAUCGAAGAAGACCUAGAAACAUGCUUCACAGAUUAUCUUGUGGAGACACCUAGAUAUCCAAAAGAGCCUCUUCAGAAAAAAUCAUCUGUUCCUUUCGGAUCAAAAGCAGGUUCUCCAGAGCUCGUUUUUGUAAGCCAUGUAAUACAUCCUUGCCACUUCUACAUUCGGAAGUAUUCACAAAUAAAAGAUGCAACAGUAUUGGAAAAGAAGGUGAAUCAGUUUUGCAUUAAGAGUGUAUACCUUGAUCCUUCAGACAUUUUGGAGCUAGGUGCAAGAAUAUUUGUCAACAGUAUUGAAAAUGGAAUGUGGUGUCGAGGAACUAUUACUGAAUUAAUUCCAAUAGGAAGUGAAAGUAUUAGAAAACCUUGUAUUCCAACCAAAUUCUUAGUCCACAAAGUUGCACUAAUACAAAUAUUCAUGAUAGAUUUUGGAAAUUCUGAAGUCCUAAUUGUUACAGGAGUUGGUGAUACUCAUGUGAGAUCAGAACACAUUGCUAAGCAGCAUGUCACGCUAAAUGACUUGUGUCUGGCUCUGAGGAAGUCUGAGCCAUAUAUUGAAGGGCUGCUGAAAGACAUCCAGCCAUUAGCACAGCUAUGCUCAUUGAAAGACAUUGUUCCACAGAAUUCAACUGAAGGCUGGGGAGAAGAAGCUAAAAUAGAAUUUUUGAAAAUGGUAAAUAAGAAGGCUGUUUUAAUGAAAGUUUUUAAAGAAGAAGAUGGUGUGCUAAUUGUAGAUCUGCAGAAGCCACCAACAAAUAAAAUAAGCAGUGAUAUGCCUGUGUCUCUUAGAGAUGCAUUAGUUUUUAUGGAACUGGCAAGGUUUAGGUCUCAAUUACCAAGAAGUCACUCUGAAAAAAAUACGACUUUACACUAUCAUCCACCUGUUUUGCCUAAAGAAAUGACAGAUGUUUCAGUUAUGGUUUGUCAUAUAAAUAGUCCUACUGAUUUCUAUCUUCAGUUGAUACAGAGCCUGGAUUUUUUAUUUCUAUUAAAGUCAAUUGAGGAAUUCUAUAAAAAUGAAGAUGCAGAAAAUCUGGAAAUCCUCUGUCCAGUUCAAGAUCAAGCCUGUGUAGCUAAAUUUGAAGAUGGAGUUUGGUACCGAGCAAAAGUUAUUGGAUUGCCUGGACAUCGUGAAGUUGAAGUUAAAUAUGUGGAUUUUGGCAAUACAGCAAAAAUAACACUUAAAGAAAUGCGUAAAAUAAAGGAUGAGUUUCUGAAUCCUGCAGAGAAGGCAAUUAAAUGUAAGCUGGCCUAUAUUGAACCAUGUAAAGGGACACUGCAGUGGUCAAAAAAAGCUAAAGAAAAAUUUCAAGAAAAGACUCAAGAUAAGUUUAUGACAUGUUCAGUCAUUAAAAUCCUGGAAGACAAUGUGCUCUUAGUUGAGCUUUUCAAUUUUCUUGGUGCUCCUGGAAUGACUCCUACCAGUAUUAAUGACCAGCUAGUCAAAGAGGGCCUAGCAUCUUAUGAAGUAGGAUAUACCCUCAAAGAUAAUUCCAAAAAGCAUACUGAAGUAUGGGAUCCUUCUCCAGAAGAAAUUAUUUCAAAUGAAGUAAACAACUUAAAUCCUGUAUUUGCAAAAUCUCUACCUAAUGAGGAUCUGCAGUCACUUUAUCAUAAGGAACUGCCUGUGUACAUCUGCAAUGUAGUGUCGCCUGAGAAGAUUUAUGUUCAGUGGUUAUUAACAGAAAACUUACUUCAUAGUUUAGGAGAAAAGAUGGUCGCUGUUUAUGAAAACACAGAAUGGGAACCUGUUAAAUGGAAGAAUGAUAUGCACUGUGCUGUUAAGAUCCCAGAUGAAAAUCAGUGGCAAAGGGGCCGGAUCAUCAGAAUGGUUUCAGACAUAUUGGUGGAGGUCUUGCUGUAUGACGUGGGUGUUGAACUAGUAGUGAAUAUUAACUGUUUAAGAGAACUUCAAGAAAACUUAAAGACCAUGAGAAGAUUAUCUUUGGAAUGCUCUCUUGUUGAUAUAAGACCAGCUGGUGGUAGUGACAAGUGGACAGCGACAGCCUGUGACUGUCUCUCAGCGCACCUCGCUGGCACCGUAGCAACCAUCAUCAUACAGGAAAACAACACAACAUGGCCAUUACCUGUGAAAAUUUUCUGCAGAGAUGAAGAAGGAGAGUGUGUCGAUGUUUCCAAAUAUUUGAUUAAAAGGGGUUUGGCUUUGAGAGAAACGAGAACUAAUAAAUUAGAUAACAGCCAUUCAUUAUCCCAGAAGUCUCUGGAAAUCCCACUGGUACAAGGAGAGUCAGUGGUUACUAAGUGUAUUAAAAUUAACUCUGACCCUGACAAAAAAGCUGCUGAUAUUCUCAGUGAACACGAGGUGUCUGAAUUUAAGGAGAAAAUUCUAGAACCAGGAACCACUGGAUGCUAUAAACCACCAGCUAUUCCUAACCAGAAAGUAUUUGAGGCAGUAGUCAGCUGCAUUGGUGAUGAUGGAACUAUAUUUGUGGUACCUAAAUUAUCAGAAUUUGAACUAAUAAAAAUGAUGAAUGAAAUUCAAAGUAAUUUAAAAUGCCUUGGUCUUUUGGAGCCUUAUUUCUGGAGAAAGGGAGAAGCUUGUGCAGUAAGGGGAUCAGAUACCUUGUGGUAUCGAGGCAAAGUAAUGGAAGUCAUUGGCGGCACUAUCAGGGUACAAUAUUUAGAUCACGGAUUCACUGAGAAGAUUCCACCGUGUCAUCUUUACCCUAUUUUGCUAUAUCCUGAUACACCCCAACUUUGUAUUCCUUGUCAGCUCUAUAAUACCAUACCUGUCGGGAAUGUCUGGCAACCAGAUGCGGUAGAACUCCUUCAGGAACUGCUUUCAAAAAGAAAGGUGGAAGUUCACAUUAUGGAAUUACCAGAAAAUCCAUGGGAGAAAUUAUCUAUUCAUCUCUAUUUUGAUGGAAUGGCACUUUCUUAUUUUAUGGCACACCAUAAGUAUUGUACUUUUGAACAUUCUGAGGAAAUAUUGAAGGAAAAACCAACAGAUUACAAUAAAACAUAUGAGGAAGAGAGAUGGGAAAUAAGGUUUGAGGAAUUGCUUUUGCCUGAAACAGAGACUCCUAUUUUACCGCCAUAUUCGUCUUCACCUCUUCCUCCCCCUGGAGAGCUCUACGCUGUUCAAGUUAAGCACAUUGUCUCACCCAGCGAAGUGUAUAUUUGCCUCGACUCUGUAGAAAACUGUAAUCUGGUUAAGCAGCGUGAUGACACAGUUGACAGUGGCGUCAGCUGGGAACCUGAGCCUGAGAGCCUUGAGGAAGCGCUAGGGAGGUUCAAUAAGGAUGUGGAGAUACUCCCUCCUCUGACGGACUUCAGAACAGAAAUGCCUUGCCUUGCAGAAUACGAUGAUGGCGUAUGGUACAGAGCAAAGAUUGUUUCCAUUAAAGAAUUUAAUCCUCUGGCUGUCCUGGUACAAUUUGUUGAUUAUGGAUCGACUGAAAAGCUGACAAUAAACAGACUUUGUCAAAUUCCUCUUCAUCUUAUGCAGUAUCCAGCCCGAGCCAUAAAGGUUCUCUUGGCAGGGUUUAAACCUCCCUUAAGAGAUGUAGGAAAGGCAAGAAUACCGUACUGUCCCAAGUGGAGCAUGGAAGCAUUGUGGGCUAUGAUAGACCGUCUUCAAGGAAAACAACUUCAUGCUUCUUCCAUGGCUCAGGUACCAGAACAAAUAGUGACAUUAUAUGAAGACGAACGGUAUCCAGUUCAUAUGUCAUUAGUAGAAAUGGGGCUUGCAGACCAAGAUGAGUGAUGUAAGUACCACGACUUCUUGUUCACCCGCAUAGUCGGCAUACGGCAUGUGACUGAUGUAGCAGAGAUUCAUACUAAAUUGCCCUGAAAAGCACCUUUGGCCUUUCCUUGAUUUGUCAAAGGAAUGACAACACAGCUCAACCAGCAUCUCUCUUGUAGAUCUCUCCUUCAUAGGCCCUUCUUACCUAUUGAGUACCAGUAACAGAGAGGUUCCAUAGCUAUAAAAAUGCUUGGAACGCCUAUCCUGACCAUUCAUGGUGCCAGAAGGUUAUGGGGGCAAGGAGGAGAGCAGCAGAAGGCGGGCACUAUAAAUAAUUUAAGCACAGAACGCUAUGCUACACAUGCAGCACUACUGGA